AUGGAAGAGAACAGUACAAUUCAUAUCGCGCUAUCUACCCAUGCUGAUGCUAUGCGGUCGAUUGACGGUGAUGAGAUCAGUAGGCUCUUUGUGCUUUUUCCAUACUACGGCAUAAUUGAAGCGUUGAAAAUGCUUCAUAAUGACACUUACACUGGGUAUGCUGACGCGGUACUCACCGAAUACGCGUUGGAUGGCGUUCUUGAUGAUUAUGGAGAAUGUGCAGACCUGAUUUCAAAUGCCAAAAGCUCAGUUUUAGAGAAAUAG